GACCAGAGGACGGUGCGCUCCUUUGCGUGCACCGGCGCGCCCAGGUUACGGAGAGGGGCGGGGACUCCGGGGUCAGGUGGCACGUGACACACGGCAGCUGACAUGAUGUUGAUGACAGAUCUGUUGAAAGCUGAGGAGAUCAAGAAAGCUCUUGAAGUCUUUGCAGGAGAAACAUUCGACCCAAAGAAGUUCUUUGAACUUGUUGGAAUGAGGGCGAUGACGGCCGAAGACGUGAAGAAGGUCUUCAUGGUGCUCGACGUGGACGGGAGCGGCUUCAUCGAGGAGGAGGAGCUUAAGUUCGUGCUGAAGAGCUUCUCCCAGGAGGGACGAGAUCUGACCGACUCGGAGACGUCAGCGUUCCUCAAAGCUGCCGACAAAGAUGGAGACGGGAAGAUCGGCAUCGACGAUGGAGGCCUCUGAAACGCUGCAGCGCCACCCGGAGGUUUAACAAGAGAGUCACAGUUUUUAUAAAUAAAUAAAUACAUUAUAUAUCUUUAAUGAGGGAUGUGGUCCGUUGGACAAACGGGUGGUGCUCGUGCUGUCGAUGCCGUGAUGACGUGUUUACUUCUAGAUGUUCACAUAUCAGAGCUCUUUCCUCCCACUCCUCCUCAGCCACCUUCCCUCACCUCCUCACCUCCUCACCUCCUCCACACUCC